CCGCUGCUUUCUUUUGAAAAAUUUCUUCAACUGGAAUAGGCAAAAACCCGACUCCAUCCUUCAGGCAGAUUUCGGUCUUCUCCGAAAUACUUGCAGAUGUUAGUAGGAAGUUCAAUUAAGUAUUACAUUCCAGAAUCUGUUACUUCUCCUAAAUCGACUAAAAUGGUGGAGAUCUCACCUCCUUGUGCCCGCUUACACUUCUUCCAAAACCGGCGAUGGCUUCCGGCGACACUUUCGUACCCUUUUACUGUCUUCUCAGCGAUGUGGAUAAUCGUGUUGGGAUCUCUUUUGGUGUGGCAAAAGAGCUCCAUCGAUGGGAUCUGGCUAUUCGGCCGCGCGACGGCAACUGUGGAGGGAUUGUUGCCGAGGUUGCGGCCAACGGUGUUGAAUCUAUUGGAUUUUGGGGCGGUGGGAGAUGGCCAGACGCUUAACACGGAGGCUUUUGCGAGCGCCGUUGCAGCGAUCGCGCGGCUUAGAGGAAAAGGUGGAGGGCAGCUGAACGUGCCAGCAGGGCGGUGGCUCACUGCUCCGUUCAAUCUCACCAGUCACAUGACGCUUUUUCUCGCGGAAGGUGCAAUUAUUCUAGGGAUUCAGGCAAGCAGG